AUGGAUUCUGCGCUAUGGAGAGGUCAACACUUGAGGGCUUGCGAGAGGUGCCAUCGAAAAAAGAUCAAGUGUGAGAUUGAAGGGUCUAAUUUAACUUGCUUGCAAUGCAUGCGUCGUAAUGCGCAUUGUGUCUUUCCGGUCCAGCAUGAGAAGCGGGAUGAUCAGCAAACUAGUGAUGAGUAUGUCAAGUCUUUGAAAGACCGCCUCGUCAGAGUGGAGUCGUUGUUGAAAACGGCAGGCAUCUUGCAAGAGAGCGAUAUGAGCCAUGACGAUUUUUCCGAUGAAGAUGAGGACGGACCAGCUAGUCCAGACAUCUCAUCUGUUUCCAGUCCAAAGUCAAAUUUCGCGGCGUCUCUUCGCUCAGGCGGUGGGGACAUCGAGGGCACGCCCAUCUUCCGGGCGGACGAAAGAGAUGAUUCUCGGUAUUUCGGAAAAUCGUGCUCAUUAUCAAUUCUAUCGCGAACAGGUAUAGAGUGGAUCAAGAGCAAAACAGGCGAUAUCAGCUUUUUGCGAAUUAUAUCUCCUGAAUCCCUUCAUGAAAAUCCGUGGAAUCAAUGGCGACCAGAUGUGUUCCAAGAUCUUUUUGCCUCGCAUGUUUUUAAGCCUUUGCCCUCAAGGUCGGAGGUAUUCUCUCUUAUGAGGGAUUUCUUCCGGACAGCCAAUCGUCUGUUUCCUAUCUAUCUUGAGUCGUCCUUCAUGAAAAUGGUCGAAUGGCAAUAUACGCAGCAAACCUGUGAUGAUGCUGCCCGUUGGGCCAAUAUCAACAUGGUAAUAUGUCUGGCAUACGAAUAUCGAUUCUCGAAUGGCUCCAAGUCAGAAAAGGACAAGGAGAAGUCCGAGUUAUACUUCAAAAACGCCAUGUCGGUCUUCACGGAAUUGGCCUUGAAACGCACCGACCUACUAAGUAUACAGGCUUUGCUUAGCAUGUCGUUCUUCCUUCGAGGGAAUUCUGGAACUCAAUCAGCUCUGCCUCUCAUCACUGCGGCUAUGCGGUCUGGUCACCGAAUGGGACUUCAUCGAGAUAUUUCAAGACCAGAACUUAGUCCAGCUGAGCAAGAGGAGAGAAGGCGAGUCUUUUGGGUUGCAUUUGUCCUUGAUCAAAGUACAUGUCUAAGAAUUGGAAACGCCCCAUCACAACAUCAAGAUGAUUUCGAUGUCCCUCUUCCGGAAGAACUGGAGAGCGAUAAGCAUGGUGAAACCGCAAGCAACAUUCCAUUCUUCCGCCAGCUCUGUCAGAUGGCGCUCAUCAAGAGCCACAUUUACAGUCGAUUGUACUCUGCUACGGCGUUAACAAAACCUCCCGUUGAAAUCUACAAGACGGUUAAAGAACUAGAUGCAGAGCUUGAAGAAUGGAAACGUGAAAACCCAACUCUCACUGAACCGGAAAUGAAACAUACUGAAAACGACUUCUUGUUCGGCUUUGCCUCUAUUGGUCUCCAUUUCGUCUAUCAGAACGCUUUGAUCAUGAUUCACCGGGUACCUAUAUUUCUUAACUACAUGAUAGCAGCCAGCAAGGAAUCAGAGAAGGUCGUGUCGAUCAGCAAAGCACAUGCCUCAAAAUCAACGGUCAUUAGUUCACAGGCUGCCCGAGAUACCUUGAAGGUUGUCAAUAACAUGCCAUGGGGAGAUAUCGCAUGGACUUGGUCAUUACUAUAUUACGUCUUCCUGGCAGCAUCGACAUUAUUCUCAGGUAUCCUGCGGGAUACUCGCCAUUCAAAAGCCCGAGCAGACCUUCAAUCCCUCAACAUGGCCGCAACGUUCUUUGCAACUCUCGCUCCAGGUAACGGACCAAAUAAUUACGCCGUAUUUAUGACCCGCAUCAGCGCGACUCUCGAACGCAUCGCCAGAGCCGCCGUCGAAAAAGAUGAGAAAAGACCCCGCGCCCCAGAGGAAGAAGACCAAGAAUAUAAACCACCAGGAGCCAAGAGGCGCACCUCUCAGGCACAGCCAGCACACCACCCAAGGCAGCACCGCCGACCCACAACCCUCCGCACAACAAUGACCCCCGCCACAGCUCCGGGAUACCCAACGUCAAGCACCGCCAACCCCAACAGAAUGGACUUCAGUAUCCCCGACACCCUAGAAGGCCUCCCUCCAGUCAAUUCCUCGGGCUACGUCGUCCCCAUGAGCCCAGUGCCAGGCCCAGGUGACAUCAGCCAAAGCGGAUCCCCAUAUCUCCCCAAUCUACCAGGCACAUACCCACCUCCAAACACAAACCUAGAUGGCACAUUCCUCCAUCAUACAGGCGACAACGCCUUCAACGCACCACCAAUCCCAUCCUGGAAAUUAUCCAAAGACUAUUCUACAACUGCAGCCCAGGCUCAACCCACAGGACCAUCAGGUCUAACUCCCAACCCCAUCACUUCCAUCAACUCCCCAGACUCCUUCAGCAGCACCGCGAACUCAAUCCCCGAUUUCUUCCAGAACCCAAUGAGCGGCGACUGGGGUCACGGCGGAAAUCUCUUCGCUGGACUCUUCCCAACGGAAUACAAUUUCCUGCCCCCGAAUCCAGCAGGCACUCAGUCUGCCGAUACAUAUUCCUCCAUGCCGAUUCUAUCGGCUGAGUCGUAUAUCCAUGGCGCGCCUGCUAUUGACAGUCAUACGGCUCAGGCAGGUGGGUUUGAUCCCCAUGGUCUAGGAUAUGGCUAUGUGCCACAGGGUCAGGAGGAUCCGAAUCAGGGGGCUGAUCCGGUCUGGCCUAACGGGUUUUUGGGGUUGUUUUAG